AUGAGUUUACCAGCCGAAUUCGUGACCCAAUUUUUGAAGAAGAAGGAAGCUGUGCGAAAUCAGUUAAAGCUUGCAGCCCGAAAGGCUGUCGAUGGACUGUACGAUUUUGUUCUGACUGGAGUGGAGAAAAUGUUGACAAGUAUGCCUGAGAUGAACUACAGUCAAGUUGAAGAAGCUGCUCAGAACAUGUUAGCCGAAGGAAUCCAGACGCUCAGGGGCGAUAUCCAGCAACAGAGACCAGCUUCAAAGCACUUUUUGGCGGAAAAUAGUCUGUCAUUCGGUUCAUCAAGUUAUUUGCCAACUGGUGAUGACGUCUACAGUAAUCCAAUACAGCCAGUGCCGUCUAAGAAAAGACGUUUCAUCAUAGGCAAGACUCAAAAUGCCCUUUUGUCAAGUGAUGUGAACAGAGAACUCUACUCGCCUACCAGUAACUACAAGACAAACUCCAGUGUCUCAGUUGGUAAAAAUGACAACAACAAUAGUCUAGACGAUUCAAUUCAAGACGAUGACGAUGGAUUGGAAAAUGCCAACAUUGAAAGUAGCCGUAAGCGCUAUCAAGUAGCAAAAAAAGAUGUGGAUGCUUCCAACUUUUUUUCUGACGAUUCCGAAGAGGAACAGGAGUUUCUAAGUAAACCGAUCGAAAAUUAUAUCACUGAAAGUCUCAGUUGUAUGCAAUGCGAUGAGGAGUUUGGCGAUCAAGGUUCUUUGAAUGCGCACAAUUUAAAAAAACAUCAAACCCAAAUCUAUUCGUGCCCACUGCAAAUGUGCAACAAAAGUUUUAAAUUUUUAAACGAGUUAGCUGGUCACGCUAAACAACAUAGCAAUGUAGCUUCGUGGGACUGCUACGUCUGUUCAUUUAAUGGCCUAGACAUGGAUGAGCUCUCAAAACACCUCUCACAAGAGCACGAAAAUGGCAAAUUCCGGUGCAUCAAAGAAGGAUGCAGCGUUGUAAGCAGCACACGGGCUGACGCAGAACGACACUUUACGAGUGGCAAUCACAUCUCAUCUCAAAAUGCCAAUGAUGCAGGCCAACCGGAUGAAGACGAUGAUGAGCAGGAAGCCUCUUCAUCUGAUUUUCAAAACUCCAAUUUUCCUUCAAUUUUUAUGAAUGGUAAGAAGUUUCGCAUUGAUUCUAUUAAGUGCUUUAACGACGAUUGCCAAUUCUAUUUUAAGAAUGAAACAGACCUACGACAGCAUAUGCUAAUUCUGCACAAGAUGACUUUCUUUACAUGCCCUGUUGUCGGAUGUAGUAAUCCAUUUGAUUCCAAAAAACAACUUAAAAAGCAUGCUAAGAAAGACCACAGCGACAAUGGUAACAAUUGGAGCUGCCCUACUUGCGGCCAUGUGGAAGAAAGUUUGCAGCAGUUCAUUGUGCAUCAGCAUCAACUUCAUGUCGAAGGUAUUUACAUAUGUUCGAUAUGUCACGCAUCGUCUAACUGUGGUCAAGAGGCUGAGGAACACUACGACAUUGAGCAUGAUGCUUAG